GGGCAGAGGUCUCCCCGCCCCGCCCCUCGUCUCCUCCAAGAUGGCGAGCGGCGGCAGCGGGGGGGUGUCAGUACCUGCGCUGUGGAGUGAAGUGAACCGGUAUGGCCAGAACGGCGACUUCACGCGCGCUCUCAAAACCGUCAAUAAGAUACUACAGAUCAACAAAGAUGACAUAACUGCCCUGCAUUGUAAAGUGGUAUGCCUUAUCCAGAAUGGAAGUUUCAAGGAAGCUUUGAAUGUCAUCAAUACUCACACCAAAGUGUUAGCCAAUAACUCUCUCUCCUUUGAAAAGGCAUAUUGCGAGUACAGGCUGAACAGAAUUGAGACUGCCUUGAAGACAAUAGAAAGUGCCAACCAGCAGACAGACAAACUGAAGGAGCUUUAUGGACAAGUGUUAUACCGUUUGGAACGCUAUGAUGAAUGCUUAGCAGUGUAUAGAGAUCUCGUCCGAAACUCCCAAGAUGAUUAUGAUGAGGAGAGGAAAACAAACCUUUCAGCAGUUGUUGCAGCUCAAAGCAAUUGGGAAAAAGUGGUUCCAGAGAACCUGGGCCUCCAAGAAGGCACACAUGAGCUGUGCUACAACACUGCAUGUGCACUGAUAGGCCAAGGCCAGCUGAACCAGGCCAUGAAAAUCCUACAAAAAGCUGAAGAUCUUUGCCGCCGUUCAUUAUCAGAAGACACUGAUGGGACUGAGGAAGACCCACAGGCAGAACUGGCCAUCAUUCAUGGUCAGAUGGCUUAUAUUCUGCAGCUUCAGGGUCGAACAGAGGAGGCUUUGCAACUUUACAAUCAAAUAAUAAAACUAAAACCAACAGAUGUGGGAUUACUAGCUGUAAUUGCAAAUAACAUCAUUACCAUUAACAAGGACCAAAAUGUCUUUGACUCCAAGAAGAAAGUGAAAUUAACCAAUGCGGAAGGAGUAGAGUUUAAGCUUUCCAAGAAACAACUACAAGCUAUAGAAUUUAACAAAGCUUUACUUGCUAUGUACACAAACCAGGCUGAACAAUGCCGCAAAAUAUCUGCCAGUUUACAGUCCCAAAGUCCCGAGCAUCUCUUACCUGUGUUAAUCCAAGCUGCCCAGCUCUGCCGUGAAAAGCAGCACACAAAAGCAAUAGAGCUGCUUCAGGAAUUUUCAGAUCAGCAUCCAGAAAAUGCAGCUGAAAUUAAGCUGACCAUGGCACAGUUGAAAAUUUCUCAAGGUAAUAUUUCUAAAGCAUGUCUAAUAUUGAGAAGCAUAGAGGAGUUAAAGCAUAAACCAGGCAUGGUGUCUGCAUUAGUUACCAUGUAUAGCCAUGAAGAAGAUAUUGAUAGUGCCAUUGAGGUCUUCACACAAGCUAUCCAAUGGUAUCAAAACCAUCAGCCAAAAUCUCCUGCUCAUUUGUCCUUGAUAAGAGAAGCUGCAAACUUCAAACUCAAAUAUGGGCGGAAGAAGGAGGCAAUUAGUGACCUACAACAGCUGUGGAAACAAAAUCCAAAAGAUAUUCACACCCUGGCACAGCUUAUUUCUGCUUACUCACUUCUAGAUCCAGAGAAAGCCAAAGCUCUUAGUAAACACUUGCCAUCGUCAGAUAGUAUGUCUCUAAAAGUAGAUGUUGAGGCUCUUGAAAAUUCUCCUGGUGCUACGUACAUUCGGAAGAAGGGUGGAAAAGUUACUGGAGAUAGUCAACCAAAGGAACAAGGACAGGGAGAUUUGAAAAAGAAGAAAAAGAAAAAGAAGGGAAAAUUGCCUAAGAAUUAUGACCCAAAAGUUACCCCAGAUCCAGAAAGAUGGCUGCCAAUGCGAGAACGUUCUUACUACCGGGGAAGAAAGAAGGGUAAAAAGAAGGAUCAGAUUGGAAAAGGGACCCAGGGAGCAACUGCAGGAGCUUCAUCUGAACUGGAUGCCAGUAAAACUGUGAGCAGCCCACCCACCUCCCCAAGACCUGGCAGUGCUGCAACAGUAUCUGCCUCUACAAGUAACAUCAUACCCCCAAGACACCAGAAACCUGCAGGGGCUCCAGCAACAAAAAAGAAACAGCAACAGAAAAAGAAGAAAGGUGGAAAAGGUGGCUGGUGAUGAGAAUAUUCUUGUUGCAGGCUGUUUUUAAACUAGUGUCAGUGACACUAGGAAUAUAAUAAAGGUAACACAGCAAGAAGCACAGAACUACUCCCUCUUCAUCUCCAUAUUUUCAUAAUUUCUUGUGUUUCAAAUAGGGAAACAUCUUCCUCAAAGUCUGCCUAGUGAGAUAUGGCCUACUGGUUGCCUCAUAGCUUUGUACAGAUUAUGAGGACUGAAAAUAAUUGGGCAUUUACCCAUCUUGGUAUCUGUUGUAUCCUUUAUCUGUGUGUGCUGAUUCGAUCUUUUUUCAGUUUCACAUACCUUAUCUAAGGUUUCCCAGGAUUUAAACAGAAACUACUUCUAUGAUUUCAGCUGGAGUCUGAAGAUCCUUGUUUCUGUUCAAGUCCCACUUUAAAUUAUGUCUUAGGAGACUGAAAGUGGAAUCUUCUGAGCAUUCCUAAAUAUUUGCUUAGAAAUAUCAUGUGAUAAAGAGGGACCUUCUUAAUACACUGAUGUUCUUCACUAAAUGGAUGGCCACAAGAAAAAUAAAGUAAAUGUCUUAAAUAAUUUAACCAUAAAUUUUCUGUCAUGUGAUACUGGAAUAUGGGAUACUUUUCAUGUUUAUAUAUAUAUAUAUGUAUAUAUAUAUAAACAUGAAACAUAUAUAUAUAUAAACAUGAAACAUAUAUUUUAUAUAUAUAUAUAUAUAUGGCUCCUUUGUGCCCCAUGUCAUUUUCAGAUUAUGGUAGCAAGCUGAUACAGCACCAUGAAAGAACUCAAGGAAAAUAUAUCAAUGUAAGAAGUUCACUCUUAGACCUAGUGUUCUGAGGUCACGUGGGUUUGGACUGUCUCAAUCAGAAAGAUUAAUGACUGUUAUCAAGAACAUGAACAUUGGCUUCCUACAUAGAGAAGAAAUCAGUAUCUGAGUUGCAUACCAGGCAGUAUUAAAAUCUAACAGGUCUGUUUGGCCCAUUGAUAGAUACUCAAAUGGUGUCUCCUUCUGGUUAUGGAUUUUGACCAUUGAUUACCUUUCUCAAUGUAAUGAAGUAUUUUACAGUCAAUUUGUGGUGUAAAUGUUGCUCUUGUCUUUCCUUGCUUACAAACUACUUUCACAUUGAACAGCUGUGAGACAGACACAUUGAGAUGCCUGCCCUUGUUAGUAUUCAUUUUAUGCUGCCCAAGAUAUCAUUUAAUUUAGACUUACAAGUAUUUCCUUGUGAUUAUAUUACUCUGUCCUUGUUAAUAAAGUGCUGCUGUGUUUGACUCUGAACAUACUACCAAAA